AUGUCGAUCCAUCGACUACCAAGCAUAAAAAAUCCUCAGGAAUUAAUCGAUGAUUACUUUACCACUGGUGAACAAGUUUACAAGUUCGACAGUAUUAUCGAUCAGUUCGAGGGACGUUUUGUGCAUUUAUCAUUGAGUCACAAUGGUUUACUGUUAUUCUGGAAACAAUAUAAGGCUAAUGAAGUGGUCGGCUCGGAAUUCUGUUAUAUCGAUGAUAUCAUUGAUGUAUUUUCUGGCUGUUGUGCGGAACAUUCAAGACGACAAGGGAUCCAUCAAAAAUUAGAUGGUUACAUUAAAAAAACGCUUGGUGGUACUUUUGUCGCAGAGAAAUGUAUGCUGUCAACUCAUUUUCUAACCGUAAUGUAUGGUGCCGAUGCUGUGUCUCCGAAUGCGCUAAUUUUUCUCAUCGAUUCUGAACAUAAUGUCGUUCGUUGGCUUAAUGAAAUUCGUCGGUUAUCAGUGAAAGCAUUGAAAGAGUUAUCACUUCAAGGUUGCUUUUAUUACUGGCAGCGACUGUUCACCAAAAUCAGAUAUUCCACAAACACCGACCAAGUUUCAAUCAAUGCUAUAUUGGAUGCCGUUCUAUUCACAAAAAAUAAAGAAGAUCGAAAAGACAUUGAAAGGUCUUUGAAAACGCUUCCCGCUUUUCAUAGUAAGGAAGCGAUUUCAGUGAAUGAAAUAACAAAUGAUUUCAUCUUCUCCUGCUAUUGUUGUAUUUGUGGACGAACUGACGUGGAUUACAUAUUUCACAAAAAAUUUGCGGGAAAAGAAAAGGUUGAUGCAGAACAUUUUGCAAAAUAUCUCAAGGAAGAACAUUACGAUCCAAGGCUCAAUGAAUUGCUUUAUCCCUCUCCCACUUCACAAAUUGCUCAAUGUUUAAUUAACGAAAUGAAUGGGAGUGAGGAACAAGUGAAGCAACUGACGAAAGAAUCAUUCCUGAGAUUUCUGCUAAGUGAGUACAACAUCGGUAUGCACCGGGACCAUCUGAUGCUAAAAGAAGAAAACAUGCAUAAGCCACUUUCGCAUUAUUUCAUCAACAGUUCACAUAAUACAUAUUUGAGAGGUUACCAAGUGAAUUCCAAAAGUUCUGUGGAAAUGUAUCGUUAUGUGUUACUGUCUGGAUGUCGUUCUAUUGAACUUGACUGUUGGGAUGGAUCAGGUGGUGAACCAAUUAUCACACACGGGCCUUCGCAGCUCACCAGAGUUACUCCUGUAUUAUUUAAGGAUGUUAUUAUGGCAAUUGCGGAAACAGCUUUUGUCGUUUCUGAAUUUCCUGUUAUUUUAUCAUUGGAGAAUCAUUGUUCCAUGAAGCAACAAAAGAAAAUAGCAUUGUAUUGCCGAGAAAUUUUCGGAAAUUUUUUACUUACCGAACCGUUAAGCAAUUAUCCGAUCAAACAGGGUGUGAGUCUGCCGUCUCCAAACGCGCUCAGGAAAAAAAUUUUGAUUAAAAAUAAGAAAAUCAGUAAUGGAGAAACAGAGGAUUUUUUUAACAAAUCAAUUACGUCACAAAGUGUCAUGGAAAGUGAUCCCAGUGAAAGUGAAAGUAGUGAAAAAGAUGAUAUUUUGCACCAAAAUGAGGCGAAUAUACAGGAGAACUCACAAAACUCAGUUAUUGCUCGCGAACUAUCAGACCUUGUGAAUUAUAUGCGUGCCAUGGGCAAGUUCACGUCAUUUACAGAAUGCGAAAGCAAACAGAUGAGUUAUGGAAUAUUUUCGAUGAACGAAUCUCGUGCUUAUGAACUGGUAAAAGAGAAUCCAAUCGAAUUUGUAAAUCAUAACAAAAAGCAAAUUACCCGUGUUUAUCCAAAAGGCAAACGUGUUGAUUCCAGCAAUUUUUGGCCUAUUAAAUUUUGGAAUUGUGGUUGUCAAAUGACGGCAAUAAAUAUGCAAACACCUGAUAUACCUUUUCAAAUGAAUGUUGCAUUUUUCGAACAAAAUGGCCAUUCCGGAUACGUCCCCAAACCAAGUCUAAUGCGUAAAGCCGAUGCAAAAUUUAAUCCAUUCGAAACGCAUACGAUGGAUCUUGUUGUACCCGCCUGUCUUUCUGUUACCGUGAUUUCUGCUCAGAUGUUAUCAUUUGCAUGCGAGAGGCGUCCUUCAACAUAUGCAGAAGUGAAUUUUUACGGACAUUUUAACGAUUUGUCACGAUUUUCUAAACGAAAAUAUCGCACAAGAAUUGUCAUGGAUAACGGGAUUAACCCCGUUUAUAUGGACUUUUGUGAGGAAAGUUUUAAAUUUGAGAAGAUAAUAUUUCCGGAAAUGGCGUCAAUUCGUUUGGCCGUAUACGAAGAUAGUGGUCGCCUUAUUGGACAUUGCUUCUUGCAUGUCCGCUCAAUUCAGCCAGGAUUUCGGCAUAUUCCACUUCGAAAUGCUCAUAGCCACCCACUGGGUCCUGUAUCACUAUUUGUUUUAUUGCUUGUUCAUGAUUAUAUCGACGACGGAAGCCUUAAUCUGGUAAAUACACUACAGAAUCCAAUCGAGGCUAUGAAGAAAAUAAUGGAAAGUGAAGAAGCAGCUUCUGCAGCAUUGAUAAAUCCCAUAGAUACUAUGAAACAGCGUGAGAAAAUGCUUGUGGCGUUAGAGGAAAGUGAACCAAAAUCGCUAUCUACAGAAUCAACAAUUUGGGAUGUGCUGGAAGAGGGGAAGGAAUACAGUAGUGUGGAUCACGGGCAAAAUCUGGGAAAUAGUGCUGCCUUAUUAUUAAAAAUGAGAUCCACAAGUGCAGAGAGUGAAUUGGCAAAGGAAGGGAGUAUAUGUGAGGAUGGAAUGAAAUCAUUUAAUUUCGAUAAAUGGAACGUGUCCGAAAAACUGAAAGAGCGUUUUUAUUUGGAUGAUAUGGAAAUCAGAUUUUUAAGCGAAGAUGAAUUAGCCAGCAGUCGAAAAGUCGUAAAGUUGGAAAAGAAUUUCAAGAAGAAAUAUGAAACUAUCCUAAAUCUACUUGAUGGCUCCUCUAAGCAAAAACCAAUAUCCUCUGCUAUGAGAAAUGUUCAUGAGGAUACUUUUGUUAUUUAUGCUAAGUAUGAAAAGGAGAGAACAGAACUUAUUAUAUCACUGGCUGAACAGAACAGGAAGAAACUCAUUAAACGACUUGAUAUGGCGUACAAAUAUGAGUCGAAACAACUGACCAGAUUAAAUCAUCAAAAGCGCUACGCCGAACAAUGGAGUGCAACACGAACGGAGGGGACAGAAGAAUUGCGAGGAAAAUAUGUGAAACUUGGCGUAGAAGAGCAAAGAAGGUUAAAUAAAUCAAAAGAAAAAAGACUGAAGGAAAUUGACGAAAAUUUCGAGUUGCUAAAACAUGAAAUUGAAAUACGAAUGGAGCAGAGAUUGAGAAAAGCCAUCUCUGUGCUUCAUGGCCCGUAA